UCAGUUCGUUUAGUGGGAGGACCAGAUGCAAGAGAGGGCCGAGUUGAAGCUUUCUUCUCUGGGGUCUGGAGCUUAGUGUGUGGUGCAGGAUGGGAUAUGUCAGAUGCCGAAGUUGUUUGUCAGUCCCUGGGUUAUGGAGGAGCCUCUGCAUACAGUGUAAAUCUCACCAUUGUCAAUCAGGCAAACAAUACCGUGUGGCUAAGUGGAGUGCGAUGCAUCGGAAACGAGACCUCUCUUUCUGAGUGUGCCCAUGAUGGAUGGGGAGAAAACAGUUGUGCCGAAAAUCGAGCUGCAGGUGUCACAUGUUUUCACCAAGGUUGGUUAUCGUACACGUUAAAGAAUAAAUAAUAAUAAACAAUAAUCAGAACUGCAAUGCGGGUCUUACCAUAUUAGGGCAAAACACAAGCCAGUCGACUUUCUAUUGAAAGGCACUUCGGUAAAACAGACAUUUAAAAUGGGCCCAUAGACCUUUCCUUUUUUUCUGAUUUCUCAAAAUAAUCAACGCAUAAUGGUUUUCAACUGAGAACUUAACAACAGCCAAGUUAGCUGCUUCGUUGUCGUCCACCGGUAGAUAGAAAGGCAACACUGGCCCGACUUGUACGAAUGGUAGGGGUAACUACAACGUAAUAGGCCAUUUCCGAGUUUCCCCGGGGCCUCUGUAUCAAAACGAGGUUAAGUGCUCAGCCUUUGAUAUGGAAGUGAUUUUUCAUUCUCAUGCAAGUAAAACUCAUUUUCACAUGAAAGGUUGUGCACUUGGCCUCAUUUUGAAAGUGAGGGUUUUUGGAACUCAGAAGUGGCCUAUUGAAAGCCGGGAAUGUUCAAAUGUUAUAAAACAUGACAAAGUAGUGAAAAGUGGACGUUAUUUGGUUAAUAUAGUAAAUACGUGGGAGUACGAAUAUUGAAGAACGUAAAUUUAGCAUUAGGAAGUUAAAAUUUUUUCCAUCAAUAAAUAUACGUACUGCUUCUACAAAUUGUCCUUUGGUGUUUUCUUCUGGUCACUACUAAUUAAGGGGUACUAUUUAUUUUCUUGUGUUUUCACUUGUAUUUUUUAGCAAGACCACAAUUAAUUUCAAGUGGCCUGGACACCAUCACGAUAAAAUAUCAACCAGUCCGCGUUACAGAUAUUUCAUAUACGGUCCAAAUAUGGUCAAACACUACUGCAACAUGGCGCGACACAAGAUGCAUUCAAAGCACAGUUAAAAACACUUGUGUUGUGACAAACCUGAGUAGGAUUGUCACUCUGACUGGUUUGAGUCCUGGGCAUGCGUACUUCGUCAGACUUGCUUCUUCCUCUCAAGGGUUUAGUCAAGUGUCCGAGCCAAUGGAAACCAAGAAAUUAGGUAAGAGCCUGACCCUAACAUUUUCUUUCUAGUAUUUCAGUGCUGACAUGAUAAUUCCAACUGAAAAAAUCUUUAUUUUACUUUAUGUUCAAGGUUUCCCUCUGCAACUCGAAAUCGUUUCUAGUUCAAGUAAUUCCGUUUCCUUGAAAUGGGUGUCAGCCAACUCGGUAAUCUCUAAUUACACCGUGGAAGUAAAAUGCUGCGAGGAAACCACAUGGACAAAAGCGUACUGUUCAGAAAGUCUGAUUGGUCGAGACUGCACUUUAAGCGAUACAACGGCCACAGUGAUUGGUCUUGAGCCAAACGAAAAGUAUUAUUUCAGAGUCUAUGCUUUGUAUAAGAACUUCAAGAGCGCGGUGAGUAUGUCGAGUGGAGCAGUCAGGACCAAGCCAGAAGUCAAAAGUAAGUCAAUAUUUUGUACAUGUUACUACGUUUGUCAGCCUUUCGGUCAAACUUCAGCUAAAAUCAAUAACAUAAAAAACGCACAAUCUACAAUUUGAUAGUAUUUCUGUAGUAAUUGACAAUAAUACCCUUUUUUUCUGCCUUUCAAGAUGAGUUAAUACGGGCAGUCAAGAGCCAUAAUGUCCCAUCAUGGCUCUUGGGCAGUUUAUUGACCUUAGACUGCUUGCCUUUUCUGGCUUCGCCGCUCGCGAGCAUGGGUUACGUGUAAAGUAGCUUUGCAAAGAAAAAUGAGAGACUGCACGCAGUCUAGUUGUCCAUGGUCAUGCAAACGAAAGGAAAAUUAGCGAAAAUAAUGAGAAAAGCAAAGAUAUUACUUUGUUAACCGUUUGCUGUAAAAGAUUCCCUUAAAACUGUAUCCAAUGAGUUAAUUUAUUACUGGUUUGCAGGUGAGGUCACGGAGGACAUGUUGGUGGUUAACCCGGAACGAAAGCGUUUCUCUCCUCUGGGAACUAAAACUUGUUUUCAUGUAAAUGUUUGGAAAAGGAUAUUACCACCACCAAGAUGGCCGCCUUGUCACGUGAUUGCAAACCAAUAAUACUCCUGAUAGUGGCAAUUUUGGGGUAGCGAGUGAGACUGGGUCUGUGAUGUGUCGAAUGGCACUGUGGGACUGGUAUGUGGACAAACUUGGACCCAGUAUCCUGCGCAACAUCAUUAUUGCCAACAAAAGAAAUGAUGGUGUAACAAACAAUCCCAUAACGCAAUUGUACACAACACCGACCCGUUCCUCAGCGCAUGUUUAAAACAACCAGUUACAGAGUAUGUGCAAUACUUGAAAAGAAAACAGAUUUAGAGGACUCAGGUGCUAGGAGAACAGUUUAUAGGCUGAAACUUAGCAGGUAGUAUAACAUUCGUUAGAAACAGUAAACAAAAAACAAAAACAAAAGUCCGCAACUCGGCCUAGAGUUCUAAACUGGGAUUUAACAUCCCAGCUAGUUAAACAUUGCAUGAAAAAAGAAAAAAAGUCAAAUUUUCCUGUUUAAUAUUUUAGAUUUUACAACCUAUCAAAUUUGGAUGAGUUCUCAAAAUCCCGGAUGUAUAACGUCACAGACCGGUCAUACUAUAACCCUGUUUUGUCACACGCCCGUCGGCGAAAUUACCGUUUUCAAAUGGACUAGAGGUGGAAGAGUAGUUUCCAAUGGGAGCACCAGUGGCGUUCUAAAUGUACCUAUUUCCUCAUCGGAUGAUUUUGGGGUGUACACCUGUCACGCGAUGAAUAAACAUGGUGUCACAAGCUACAACAUAACAGUUUGUCAGAAUACAGAUCACGUUGGAGUAGCGGCCUCGGAAGGUAUCAGUUCCUUAAAUUAUCGUUAACUGGUAUAAGAAAAGUCGCGCGAUCAAGUAACCUUCUUUGCCGCAUGAAAAUGUUUCUACCGUUAAAUAAUAUAAUUAACUGUGUUUAUCCAAGGCCACUUAUAUGACAGGGAUGAUGUACGCACGUACUGACGGGCAACCAAAAUUUCUUGGAUGCAUAGAUGACCAAAUUUUCUGCCCAUAGUGAUCCACUGAGCGCGGUCUUCGGACGCGCGUGACGCUCUUACCGAGAGCAGCCGGGUUAAUAACAAGGUUUCGAGUCUUUUCACGGUGGUAGCUUAACCUCAUUAACUAAAUUUCAUAGGUUUUGUCUGACUUAGAACAACCUUUUAUGAUUAUUCCCCCAGUCCCGGGGGUGGAUACUCGUGGAAAUUCCUGGUGGGGGUGUGCCGCCCGGUUCUCUAAAUCCUGACCCGAUUUCAGACCAAAAAAUGUCAUUUUCCAGACCCGUUUUCAGACCAGACCUCUAAAAUCCAUACCCGUUUUCAGAACUGGCCGUUAGGCAGAAAUUAUGUUAGUAUUGCUUAGAUUAGAGCGCAAACGAAAAAAAAUUCCUCAAAUUCGUUUGCAUUCGCAUAUUUCUCUUUCUUUCUUACUCAUUUGGAAUUAAAACGAUAAAUACGUUCAUACACUCGCGUAGUUCCCUCGAAAACCAUACCCGAUUCCAGACCAAAAUGGGCAAAGUGUAUACCCGUUUCAGACCAAAACUAGUUAAAACGGCGCAAAAACCCUACCUGAUGGGACGGCACAUACCUAUAUAGCCUAUAUAAGGGAGUACCCCCCGGGCCCCCAGUAUAUAUGGGCAUAUAACCCAGCUUUCCUUUUUUUUCACAACGUGAGUAAAUAUCAGAUCAGAAUGCAACAUUUUUAAUAGAAUACUAGUACACUAUAAAUACGAUUUACUUUAUAGCUGUUGUGCGAACUAACAUUCUCUCUAACUUUCUCGACAGAUUACAAUCAUGUAGCUAUCGCUGUCAUUACAACUUGCUUUAUCUGUUUUGCAAUAUUCAUCGUCGUGUUGAUUCUUUUGAAAAUGGCUCGGAUCCGCCAUCGACGAAGGAAACAAUCUCUGGACGCGGCAACUAACAGAGAAGAGAUAGCUAUGCUGCAUUACAGACAAAAAAUAUCCAGAAGCGGUAACAAUAACGAGGACGACCUGGAGUAA